AUGAUUUUACCAGGAGCGUAUAUUACAAACCUGCUUCUAGGACUCACCUUGCAGAGCUCAUUGCCAUUUUACUACUGCUGGGCGACUGAAUUUUGGGUUUCGGAUUCCGUUAUUGUGAAUUGCAGGCCGGGAGAACCUUCUCUCUUGUCCUGCAAAGCCUCACAGCCCCAUACACGAGAUGGCUCGAUGAUGCUGUGCGUCGGUCUCCCUAUGACGUCUUUCGGGCCACUAUUUAAUACACUGGUGUCGAUCUUGAAUGUUGCGGCGACUCGAUUAGAGGCUCAAGCUGGAUUUAUCUGGAUUGACACUGCGGUGGAUCCGAGCAACUUUACCAUCGAGUGGGAAACCGAGCCGGUCCAAGAUGGGCUGUUGAAAAUGCUUGACCAGAUUCAAAGAUGUUCCUGGCUGGUUAAGGCGAAGCUGACGGUCAAGCUCGACAGAUCCAGCGAGGCAGCCCCGGUAAUUCUUACUGAGCUCUACGAGAUUUCUCAGAUACGGGUCACAUCUACCCACAAACCAGUGACCCACUCAUGA